UAGCCCUCAGCUCUGUAUCAGAAAAGGUGUGGGGCAGUGGCAGCCAGAUGUGGAAUGGGCACAGCAGUUUGGGGGAGCUGCUAUGUACCCAAGCAAAGAAACAGCCCACUGGAAGCCUCCACCUUGGAGUGAUGUGAACCCUCCAAAGGACACAAUGGUGAAGAACAUGACCCUGAACUUUGGGCCCCAACACCCAGCAGCGCAUGGUGUCCUGCGACUAGUGAUGGAAUUGAGUGGGGAGAUGGUGCAGAAGUGUGAUCCUCACAUUGGGCUCCUGCACCGAGGCACUGAGAAGCUCAUUGAAUACAAGACCUAUCUUCAGGCCCUUCCACACUUUGACCGGCUAGACUAUGUGUCAAUGAUGUGUAAUGAACAGGCCUAUUCUCUAGCUGUGGAGAAGUUGCUAAACAUCCGGCCUCCUCCCCGGGCACAGUGGAUCCGAGUGCUGUUUGGAGAAAUCACACAGCUGUUGAACCACAUCAUGGCUAUGACCACACAUGCCCUGGAUCUUGGGGCCAUGACCCCUUUCUUCUGGCUGUUUGAAGAAAGGGAGAAGAUGUUUGAGUUCUACGAGCAAGUGUCUGGAGCCUGAAUGCAUGCGCUUGGGCUUAUGGAUGACAUUUAUGAGUUUUCUAAGAACUUCUCUCUUUGGCUUGAUGAGUUGGAGGAGAUGCUGACCAACAAUAGGAUCUGGCGAAAUCAGACAAUUGACAUUGGGGUUGUAACAGCAGAAGCAGCACUUAACUAUGGUUUUAGUGGAGUGAUGCUUCGGGGCUCAGGCAUCCAGUGGGACCGGAAGACCCAGCCCUAUGAUGUUUACAACCAGGUUGACUUUGAUGUUCCUGUUGGUUCUCGAGGGGACUGCUAUGAUAGGUACCUGUGCUGGGUGGAGGAGAUGUGCCAGUCCCUGAGAAUUAUCGCACAGUGUCUAAACAAGAUGCCUCCUGGGGAGAUCAAGGUUGAUGAUGCCAAAGUGUCUCCACCUAAGCGAGCAGAGAUGAAGACUUUCAUGGAGUCACUGAUUCAUCACUUUAAGUUGUAUACUGAGGGCUACCAAGUUCCUCCAGGAGCCACAUAUACUGCCAUUGAGGCUCCCAAGGGAGAGUUUGGGGUAUACCCAGUAUCUGAUGGCAGCAGCCGCCCUUAUCGAUGCAAGAUCAAGGCUCCUGGUUUUGCCCAUCUGGCUGGUUUGGACAAGAUGUCUAAGGGACACAUGUUGGCAGAUGUCGUUGCCAUCAUAGGUACCUAAGAUGUUGUAUUUGGAGAAGUAGAUCGGUGAGCAGGGGAGCAGUGUUUGAUCCCCCCUGCCUAUCAGCUUCUUCUGUGGAGCCUGUCCCUCACUGGAAAUUGGCCUCUGUGUGUGUGUGUGUGUACAUGUUCAUGUACACUUGGCUGUCAGGCUUUCUGUGCAUGUACUAAAAAAGGAGAAAUUACAAUAAAUUAGCCGCCUUGAGGACCCUAGGCCUAA